AUGCCCUCUUCCGUGUCUGGUCAGCCGCCGGUCGGUCAAUUGACGGUCGCGCACCUGCCAGUCGUCAAGCGCUGGUCGGUCCAACCGUCAGCCAGGGCAGUUCUUGGCCUCCCCAAUCCCCAGCCCACCAAACUGCGGUUUGGUCACCCGAUUGUCGGGGCACCCAAACAAUCGGGAUACCAUUCUGCUUACCAAAUUCUAGAAAGAAUCAGCAUGAUUCUUCUCACCAAAUUGUUCCGGUGCCCCAACAAUUGGGUGACCGAACCGCGGUUUGGUGGACUGGGGAUUGGCGAGGCCAAGAACUGCCCUGGCUGGCGGUUGGACCGACCGGCGCUUGACGACCGGCGGGUGCGCGACCGCCAUUUAUUGGGCACAGCGGAAGAAGAACUCUCGUCGCUCGUCGCGUCGUCGACGACCUCGGCGGCGGACUCGGUCGCCGACCAGUCCCCGUCGUCGUCGCCGGCGCCUCUAGGACCGCCAUUGUCUCUCAUCCGCGUCCGCCACUUGCACGAGUCGGACCAGCAUCCGGGUUCCACGUCAUCGCCGACCCCGUCCCCGCCGAUAGGCGCCGUUUCUGCGUCGAUCCCCGCGUCGUCGUCGUCGUCUUCUUCUUCUUCGGCGGCAGCGGCGGCGGCGGCGGCAGCAGCUGCGACAGCGGCGUCGCCGGACGACGGGCGCUGGCGCGGGUCGGCGGCGGCGCAUUCGACCACCUCCGAGGACUCGUGGUCGACCCGGGCGGCGCCGACGCCGCCGUCCGCGUCGCCGGUGCGUCGCGGCAGCAACGCCGAGUCCGAGGCGGACACCAGCACCACCAACACCACCUCCACCACCGCCAUGUUUCCCGCGGGACAACCGCCCCACCAGGGCCACCUGGACGCCGCACAGGCGCAUCAUCAAAGCACUGGCCACCAAGUCGUGUACGGCCACCACCACAUGCUGCACCCGCAAGCACCACCCGGCGGCGGCGGCGUUGGUGUCGCCGGCGCCGGACAACACCGCCUACCAUCCCCACACGGGUAUUGCGGCUCUGCUCCAGCCGGCGGGCAAGGUUGGUAUCCUCAGGGCGUGGGAUGGUGUCCUUCGGGCCAGUGGGGAGCAGGCCUGGUGGCGGAAUACGCAGUGGCGGCAGCGGGGCAAAGCGUGCCGGUGGCGGUGCAUCCGCUGGUGGUGCCCAAGCAAGAGCCGAGUUACGCUUCGUCGCCCGUCACGGCGGCGGCCGGUGGCACCGGUGCCGGCAACGUCGGCGGCGGCGGUGGUGGCCCCGCGGCGCCCGGCGAAUACUCGUCCGUGCAUCUAGCAGAGUACAACCAGUCCACGAGCAAGGGCCACGAGAUCCUGAGCCAGGCGUACCAGCAGGGCUCCGGCAUCCGCCUAGUCCCCGUCAAGUCCCGCAAGUACCCGAACCGGCCCUCCAAGACCCCCGUCCACGAGCGGCCCUACGCGUGUCCCGUCGACGGCUGCGACCGUCGCUUCUCCCGCUCCGACGAACUCACUCGUCACAUCCGCAUCCACACGGGCCAGAAGCCGUUCCAGUGUCGCAUUUGCAUGCGGUCCUUUUCCCGCUCCGACCACUUGACGACCCACAUCCGGACCCACACCGGGGAGAAGCCCUUUUCCUGCGACAUUUGCGGUCGCAAGUUCGCGCGGUCCGACGAGAAGAAGCGACACGCCAAGGUGCACACGAGACAGCGAGGUGCGCGGCAUCGGGACCGAGACAGGGACGCCACUGCUGGUGCGGGUGCUGGAGGCCGCGGAGAACGGGGACGCAACGGCGCCGCGGCGGCGGCAGCAGCAGCGGCGGCGGCGGCUGCUGCUGCUCAGUGA